AUGAUGAUGCUCCGCCAGCUCGCGCGUCCUGUCCGCAGCUUCUCGUCGGCCGCCGCCGCUUCCUGCGUCACCUUGGAGAAGCAGGGUACGAUCGGUAUCCUGCGGCUCAACGAUCCUGGUCGCCUCAACGCGCUCACGGCCGACAUGGGCGACCGCGUCGAAGAGCUCGUCCAAGAAAUCUCGGAUCGCGCCAACGAGUUCUCCGCCAUCGUGCUCACGGGCGAGGGCCGCGCGUUCUCGGCCGGCGGCGACUUGGACUUUCUCACGCGCCGUAGCCUCGACACGCCGACGCGCAACAGCGUCACGAUGCGCAAGUUUUACGGCCGCUUCCUCAGCCUCCGGUCGCUGCCCGUGCCGCUCAUCGCGGCCAUCAACGGCCCCGCGAUCGGCGCCGGCAUGUGCAUUUCGCUCUUUGCCGACCUCGGCUUUACGUUUGUGCACCUCGGGCUGCACCCGGGCAUGGCCUGCACGCACUUUUUGCCGUCGAUCGUUGGCCCCGAGAAGGCCAACUACUUGCUCAUGAGCGGCAAGGUCAUUUCGGGCCAAGAGGCGCAUGAGUAUGGCGUCGUGUCCAAGGUGGUCGAGAAGGAGGAUGUUGUCGCCGAGGCCAUCAAGAUCGCGCAGGACAUGACGUCCGGUUCGUCGGUGGCGACGCGCAGCCUCCUUCGGUCGCUUCGCCUCAAGCAGGACGAGGGCCUCGAGCGCGCGUUGUGGCGCGAAGCCGACAGCCAAGCCAACUGCUACGCAACCGCCGACUACCGCGAAGGCGUCGACGCGAUCAAGACGAAGCGCAAGCCCAACUUUGUGACGCUGGAACACUUCAAGGAAGAGUUGUAA